UAAACUAAACCAUCAUCUAACUCCGAUUCUCUUCUCGUUUGGCCGCCAUGGUGAAGUACUCCCAAGAACCGGACAAUUCGACCAAAUCUUGCAAGGCAAGGGGAGCAGAUCUCAGGGUCCACUUCAAGAACACUAGGGAAACAGCGCAUGCCAUACGGAAGCUGCCACUGAUCAAGGCGAAAAGGUACUUGGAAGAUGUGAUAGCACACAAGCAAGCUAUUCCCUUCACACGUUUCUGUCGUGGUGUUGGACGAACUGCUCAAGCAAAGAACAGACAUUCAAACGGUCAAGGUCGUUGGCCUGCCAAAUCUGCUCAGUUCGUUCUUGAUCUCCUCAAGAAUGCUGAGAGCAAUGCUGAGGUCAAAGGUUUGGAUGUUGAUGCCCUUUUCAUUUCUCACAUUCAAGUUAACCAAGCAGCAAAACAGAGGCGGAGAACAUAUCGUGCCCAUGGAAGAAUCAAUCCAUACAUGUCAAACCCAUGUCACAUUGAGUUGAUUUUGUCAGAGAAGGAAGAGUCUGUGAAGAAAGAGCCUGAGACUCAGCUGGCUGCCAAGUCAAAGAAAGGUGCCUCGUCUUGAGUCUAGAUACAGUAGCUAUCGUGUGGUCACGUUGGGUGAUACAUUUUGUUCACUUUCAUUUGUUUGUGGAUCCUUUUUUU